AUGCCGCCCGUACCGCCUCAGCCUCUCCCACGGGUAAUCACCUACUACCAAACACAUCACACGCCCGACGGCAAGCCCAUCUCGAUCCUCCCCCUCCUUACCCAAGGAGGGAUCAGCGUCACCCACGUAAUUCUCGCGGCGAUACACAUUAACGAUGAUCCCCACGGCCUUACCUUGAACGACCAUACCCCCGAUAACCCGCGAUUCCUAACACUAUGGGCUGAGCUACGGGUGCUGCAGGCCAGCGGCGUCAAGGUACUUGGUAUGCUCGGCGGUGCUGCUAAGGGCUCCUACGAGAGGCUGGAUGGGGACGAGGAGAAGUUUGAAAAAUACUACAUACCCUUGCGCGACAUGCUCCGCUCACGCGGGCUGGAUGGUAUCGAUCUCGACGUCGAAGAGGAGAUGAGCCUAGGCGGUGUUAUACGGCUCAUUGACCGCGUGCGACAAGACUUUGGCAAGGACUUCCUCAUUUCUAUGGCGCCCGUGGCCGCGGCACUGCUGAACUCCGAGAACAACCUGAGUGGCUUCGACUACGAGGCUCUGGAGGUCAUGCGAGGGAAAGAGAUUGCCUGGUACAAUGCUCAGUUCUACUGCGGAUGGGGCGACGUCAGUAACCCGAUCAUGUACGAGAUGAUCCUCGCAAGGGGCUGGGCACCGGAGAAGGUCGUCAUGGGCCUGGUCACGAAUCCUGAGAACGGUGGUGGAUGGGUCCCAUGGGAAAUGCUCGGCGCUGUGCUUCUGACGCUCCGAAAUCGUUAUGCGCGGUUUGGAGGAGUCAUGGGAUGGGAGUACUUCAACAGCUUGCCAUCUGGCCGAGAGAAGCCCUGGGAAUGGGCAAAGUGGAUGACAACGAUGUUGCGAGCAGACCAUACCCACCACUCACCGGGCCCAGUCCAAGGCUCUGCCCCUGUGGACUCUACCCAGCCUGUCGCGCAGGAAGUCAAGAAGCACUUGGUGGAUGAAGUUGAUCCGGACGGCCCCAACAGCAAAGACGCACCACUGCCCACGGCCUUUGAGUACUAUUCGGAUGGCAACGUGGAUGAUGAUUGA